CGUGUUGGCGUCGUGCUUCGAGCCCCAGCGCGCAUGCGUCAGGUCUGGAGUUGAAGUAUCCAACAUGUCGCUGGAAGACCCGUUCUUUGUAGUCAAGGGGGAGGUCCAGAAGGCGUUGUCUCGUGCCAGGAGCCUUUACGAACGCUGGGAGGAGCUUCUGGAGGAUGGCACUCAGGUGAGCAAAGAUGAGCUGGACUGGAGCACCAAUGAACUGAGGAACUGUCUCAGAGCCAUAGACUGGGACCUGGAGGACCUGAGUGAAACCAUCAGCAUCGUUGAGUCCAACCCGGGGAAGUUCCGUCUGGUGGAGAAUGAACUGCAGGAGAGGAGAGACUUUGUGGAGCGGACACGGCAGGCCGUACAGGAGAUGAAGGAGCAACUCUCCAGUCCCUCUGUUGUGGCCCAGGCAGAGAAGAAGAACAGACAGGCUCUGUUGGGUGCGUCGGAGCAGGACAGGUCUGAUGGUCUGGAGCCUCACCUGGUGUCGGCUAACUCCAGAUACAUCCAGGAUCAACAGGAACAACAACAGUUGAUAAUGGAGGACCAGGAUGAGCAGUUGGAGCUGGUGACAGGAAGCAUCAGAGUACUGAAAGACAUGUCAGGACGUAUCGGAGAUGAACUAGACCAGCAGGCUGUUAUGCUAGGAGAGUUUGGAGAGGAGAUGGACCAGACAGGUUCUCGGAUGGACUCUGUCCUCAAGAAGAUGGAGAAAGUCUCCCACAUGACCAGCAGUAGGAGACAGUGGUGUGCCAUAGGAGUGCUGGUGGUCAUCAUGAUAGUGGUUCUCAUCCUCUUCUUCACCCUCUGAGUACGGACCUCUCUUCUAUACACAGCUCUUCCACACUCACCCACUCCUUCCUGGGGAUGAUGAAAUGGAUGGAUGGAGGAAUCCAUAAAGGAAAAGGGGAAUCCAAUCCAACCCUCGUCGUUCCUUUGUCAUAGAGGGGAUUCAGUCUCUGAAAAAUCUAUGUUUUCUUUCUGUUACUCAUCACUUUAUCUUCUUUCUCUCUAUCGCUCUCUCUCCCCCCGUUUUCCUCCUCCUCUUUCCCACCUCUCUCUCUCACCACCCAUAUCAGAGGAGUGAACAGCAGUGAGAUGACGGUGACAUUAUAUAUUCAGGCAAAGCGAAGGUGUCUAUUUUAUGUGUGUGAAUGAUGGUACAGACUUGGAAUGUUUGGGAUGGGAAUGAGAGGUGGUUGAGAGGGAAGGGAGGGUGAUGUCAAUGUUGCCUUAUCUAUUUUUAUACAUCUAUGAGAUGAUCUAUGGUCUUCAUCCCAAAUAGAGCCCUAUUCCCUACAUAGUGCACUACUUAGGAUUGGUGAAAUCCCCUAGAUCCUAGAUCAGUUGUUAGGUAAACUUCUACCUUGAGCCAAAUCGUCUGGCCCAUUGGAAUAGCUUUAUCAUAGGAGGUAGAAGUUACCCCUCGACACGUUUUAUGUAGUUUCCCCUUAUGGAUAAAGUAAGGGUUUGAGGCUAGAGAUCUGAUCACAGAUCUGUGGAUAUGGGAAAGUUCAAGCCUAUUGUGAUAACUUUACCAUAGUAACAGUUGGAGUUCUGGGUUGCUGGGCAGGACAUUAGCAGCACAGCGAGCUAAUUUGAAGCUCUUUCGCCACCUAGUGGACAUUUAUGGUUAUGUCCACAUUUCAUAAUGUUAGAUACCAGACUUGUGUGAUGUGAUGGCCCGUUUUUACCGUUUUGGAGGAGUGCUGAUAUAGGAUCAGUUUUGCCUCCUACUCUGAGACGCUUUAUGAAUAUGACCCUGAAGUGCAUUUUAUAAUAUUGUGUAAAUAAAUAUAAAUUGAAUGCUUUACAUGCUUGAAA